AUGACUGCCAAACUCAUCAAGAGCGUUACUACACAAGGACCACCUGGUAUAGUUAUUCCAGAUACUGAAGGGGAUAAAAGUUAUUAUAAAGGAGAUCCGGGGCUACCAGGACCCUCAGGUCUUCCAGGACCACGAGGAAGAAUGGGAUCUUCAGGUUCACCUGGCCUUCCAGGACCCAAAGGCUACAAAGGGGAGCCUGGAAGGCCAGGUUCUAAUGGCCCGCCUGGUCCCCACGGGCCACCAGGAAACAUCGGUCUACCUGGGCAACGAGGAGUCACUGGGGACCAAGGCCCUCCUGGACAACAAGGCCUGCCAGGAGAUCCAGGCCUGUGUCCUCCACUUUCUGCUGGCUUCUUGAUUGUGUUGCAUAGUCAGUCACAGAACGUACCUACAUGUCCUCAAAACAUGAAUAGUCUUUGGCAAGGAUAUAGCUUGCUUUAUCUGGAGGGCCAAUCAAAGUCUCACAAUCAAGAUCUUGGUCUAGCUGGCUCUUGUCUGCCAAUGUUCAGUACUAUGCCAUUUGCAUAUUGCAGCAUUGAUGAAGUUUGUCACUAUGCCACUAGAAAUGACAAAUCCUAUUGGCUGUCUACCACCGCACCUGUCCCCAUGAUACCACUCAUUGAACAAGAGAUCGCACCUUAUAUCAGCAGGUGUUCUGUCUGUGAAGCGCCUUCUGUCGCAGUGGCUGUACAUAGCCAGGACCAGACCAUCCCUCCUUGCCCAUCAGGGUGGGUCAGCCUUUGGACUGGAUAUUCCUUUUUGAUGCACACAGGAGCUGGUGCCGAAGGCGGGGGUCAGUCUCUAACAUCACCUGGCAGCUGCCUGGAAGAUUUCCGCUCAACGCCGUUCAUUGAGUGCCAAGGAGCUCGUGGCACCUGCCACUACUUUACUGAUAAAUACAGCUUUUGGCUGACAACUGUGCAACCAAGCCACCAGUUUGGACCGUCUGCUCCAUCAGAAACUCUCAAAAUAGAGCAAUUACAAAGACAAAGAGUUAGUAGAUGUCAGGUUUGUCUGAAAAGAUAA